AUGCCGUCUGCUUUGCCAAGCCUACCGGUUGGCAUGCCCGCCGCGGUGCCGUUGCCAGGGAACGGCCUGUCUCCCGCGGCACCAGUGCCAGCUGGUGGCACACCGAAGCCGCAGGACCUGCUACUUUUGAUACGUCAAGGUGUCGCGAACCAGGACAAGGCAGCUGUGAAAACGGCGCUGCAGAUGGCUACGCAGCUGGGCACGCCCAUCGAAGCGCCCAUCCUGGACAUGAUUCGGCAAUGGCUGGGCGAGGAUGCGUUCUCCUCCGUCAUGGCCAAGUCUCCGCCCACGCCCACGGUGAUUCCAGCCAAGGCCGGGCCCUCGGCAACGGCACCCGAGACGGUGGUCAAGGCAAAGGCCCCAGUGACAGUACCUGCGCAGCCGCCUUUGGUACUCAUCCGCGAGGGCGUCGCCAAGCAGGACAAAGGAAUGGUGCGUGCGGCCCUCCGCAUGGCCGUGGAGCAGGGGACGCAGAUUGACAAGCCUGUCUUGGACAUGCAGAAGUUCUGGAGGGAAUCAGGAUUUGGAAUGUCGGUUCUAGGCGAAUCUGCUCGGGGCUUGGACGCCCUGAACGGAGGCUUCGGAAGUGGCUUUCUGAAGAGGACACGGGGUGCGUGA